AUGUAUGUGUGUGCGAUUGUGUGUAAUACAAUGACGAGUAGCUUUCAUUACCUAUCCAACUACCAAAAGAUCCCAUAAAUUCUACUACAACCUCAUGUGAAGCAACCAUGUUAGCUGGCCUUUGCAUUUUGGGCAUGCACAAACAUAACAAACUGACAAAUAUAACAAGAAAAGAAUUGAUUGGAAAGAUCAUACAUAUUUUUAUCAAUUGAUUUUCCAUCUAUGUUAAGUCAAGAAAAUUGAUAAGGGGACAGAAUAUGAAGAAUGCUUCUUCUAACUUUGAUUAUCAAGAGGAUUUUACCCAGUUCUUGGAAGAAGCAAAAAAGGAAGCAUGCAAGUAUUCUUCAAAUGCAGCAGCAGAAAAAGAGGAGUUAGAUGGAGAAGAAAAAAAAAGGGCUAAAAAAACAUGGAAAAAAUCAUUCUUUUCUUGGUUGAAAAGUAGCAAAUCCACCACCACCGCCUUUCCUAAGGCAAUUAGGCGCGGACAUGCGUCGGGCCCUGCCGGUGGCGGCAGAGCGGCGGCAUCAUCCGGCCCCAUCGCCGCUCUUUUCAGCUCAACGAGGAGCGUGGAGGAAUACGACGAGUUGCCGCCCUACAUGUCUCUUGAUCAUCAUCGGCCAAAUAAUAAUAGUAAUAGUAAUAAUAAUAAUCGGAAGCUUCGUUCUUACGGGCCUGUUUACUUUGUGACGUAGCUACAAAAUCACAUAACAACGAAAUCGAAGUUUUCGUUUUCGAUGCCGAUAGCAAAUCAAUCAAAUACAAUAUGUGAUUCUUGUAAUAGAAAAUCAUUUUCUUUUUUUUUUCUAAUGUA